UGCAGCAGAAGAAGAGCCACAAAGGAAGACCCUGCCACUACCUCCCCUGCAGUCUAUAAAGUUGCUCAGCCCAACAUUUGCACUCUGCAUCUCUCCCUUCCAACUCUCUUCCCGGUCUUGCACUUACGCUGCAUCAACUGGCAAAUGCCGCAAAUGGAGCUCGUUAAGAUGGUCAUUCUGCUUGUCUUCAUCUCCUCUACCUUCUACUCUACUCCUGUGCACGCGAGGAGUCAUCAUCACCACCAUAAGAAGCAUCCAAGGCGGGACGGUUCUGAGCCGCCUCCGUCCCCGUCCAUUAGUCUGCCUCCCGCUCCCGCUCCCGCUCCCUCCCCUGAGCCUACCACUGCAGUUCUCAAUGUGCUAUCAUUUGGAGCAGUCGGAGACGGAGUGACCGACGACACCGAGGCGUUCAAGAGCGCGUGGGACUCCGCGUGCGAGGAAGGGCCGGGCGUCGUCCUCGUCCCGCAAGGCUACGCCUUCAAGAUCAGCUCGACCAUCUUUGCAGGGCCUUGCCACGGUGAACUCACACUUCAGGUCGAUGGAACGAUCAUGCCACCCGAUGGCCCCGACGCAUGGCCUCAGGGCACCAGCAGGCGGCAAUGGCUCGUGUUCUACAGAGCCAAUGACUUGACGCUGCAAGGCGGUGGACUCUUCGAUGGGAAAGGAGCCAAGUGGUGGGAUCUCCCCUGCAAACCCCACAAGGGAAGGAACCACACGACAUUGACCGGACCCUGCGAUAGCCCUGUCGCUUUUAGAUUCUUCAUGAGCUCAAAUCUAGCAGUGCACAGAAUCAGAAUCCAUAACAGCCCUCAGUUCCAUUUCCGAUUCGACAACUGCAGGAACGUCACCGUGGACGCCAUCUCAAUCAACUCGCCCGCUCUCAGCCCCAACACCGACGGCAUUCACGUGGAGAACAGCGUCGACGUGGGAAUCUACAACUCGGUCAUCUCCAGCGGUGACGACUGCGUCUCCAUUGGAGCCGGCAGCACCAACAUACACAUACGUAAUCUCACAUGCGGACCGAGCCAUGGCAUCAGCAUUGGUAGCCUGGGGAAGCAGAACACGCGGGCUUGCGUGACCAAUGUAACAGUGAAGGACUCGGUGAUCAAGCACUCGGACAAUGGCGUCAGGAUCAAGACGUGGCAGGGUGGGUCGGGGUCGGUGUCAUGGGUCAGCUUUGAGAACAUACGCAUGGACACCGUGAGGAACCCCAUCAUCAUCAACCAGUACUACUGCCUCACCAAGGUGUGCAAGAACCAGACGUCGGCGGUGUACGUAUCGGACGUCUCCUACGCCGGCAUCAAGGGCAGCUACGACACCAGGAGCCCCCCUAUCCAUUUCGGCUGCAGCGACGCCGUUCCCUGCACCAACAUCACGCUGACGGACGUGGAGCUGCUCCCCGCGCAGGGCGACGCCAUUGCAGACCCCUUCUGCUGGAACGUCUACGGCGAGUCGCAGACGCUAACGAUCCCUCCCGUCUCCUGCUUGUUGCAGGGGCUUCCUCGCUCCAUAAUGGACAUCGAUUCAGAUAGGUGCUACUGAGGAUGUUACAGUAGAAAUCACCGUGAAUGUACACUGCAACAGAAGCGCUAUAUAGAGAUAUAUGGCCUUAUACUCGAUGUAAUAGUGAUCCUAAAACGAAGCUUGUUUUGUA